AUGUCGGCCUGUCAAGCGGCUUUGGCUCCUGAGGCCGGGGUGAUCGCGCCCAAAAACAAGAUCGAUGAUAAUCUUUUGAACAUCCUGGUGAACGACCCCGCGGGAGCGUCAGUCAUUGGCCUUCCAGUGCCUAGUGCACCUGAAGAUGCUGCUGAGGCGAAGACUGAAGAAUCGUUAGCACAGCAGGCGGAAAUCCUUUCUGGUUUCCCUCGUCGCUAUGCUACUGUUGAGGAAGUCGAUGAGGCAAUUGGCAAAAAUCGUAGCCGAUUUCUUGCGGCACUGGCAAUUGGCAUCCUCACUGAGCUGUUCCUUUUUUCAAUGACCAUUUCGCCAUUCCACACUGGCGGCGUUGCACGUGCUCUUGCCCAAACAUUGACUAAUGUCAGCGCCCUGUGGAAGUUUACCAUCUUGGUCCGCGGCAUCUACGUCGCCAUCCUCUUUGCGUACUCCUCAAAGGCAUAUUUCGCGAAGGCGGCAAUAAGCGGCGACUGGCGCGCUGUGUGCAACAUUGCUUUGGGCGGAAUGCUUUUGGAGCUGGUGUUCACGCUUCUUGUCAAGAGGCUCAACAUCAUAGCUUUUGUAACCAGAGGACUGAUCGCUUUCUACGCGACAACUCUGGCUAGCAUUGUCGCAGCAACCAGCAACGAAUAUGUCACCGUUGCUCCUCCUACGGAGACCGUCUAA